AUGAUCACAGAUUCUGAGGAUAAUUCUGCACAACCUCCGCAAGCAGACAAGGACGACUCAUCUUUGAACGCUCAUCUCUGGUUUCCAGAACCCGAAGCUCCAGAGCCAGUUGUUGCAAUACCUCAGGCAUCUGGUUCGUCUUCGCUAUUGAGGGAUCGUCUGUAUAUUGGAAAUCUACACCCCACUGUCGACGAAUAUGCUCUGCUACAGGUCUUCACCAAGUUCGGCAAAGUAUCGAAACUCGACUUCCUCUUUCACAAGACGGGUCCGAACAAAGGGAAGCCUCGCGGAUAUGCAUUCCUACAAUAUUUGCACGAAGGUGAUGCUCAAACUGCAUUGGAAAGCAUCAGUGGAAAGCUAUUUCGGGGUCGUAAGCUGGUAGUAACUUUUGCUCAUCAAGCUCCGCUCGAACAGCCCGGCGGAAUUCGACAGGCGGGCAGGGACGAGAAGAAUAGAUACACGGCCGACUACCCUGAGUAUGAUGAAGAGCGGAAUUCAUACUCGGUCAGAAGGCAAGAUUGCGAUGAUGGAGGCGAAGUUACGCCAGAUGGAAUCGAGCACCACAAAUCCGUUCAACUCGUUACCACCAAAACCAUCGCCACCGACUACAUCAUUGGUUCCAGCCUCAAGGCAGUGCAUUGGUGCGGGAGGCUCUCUCUCCUCCAGACAUCCCGUGCGGCGUCCCACCACGCGUGUAGAACCCACCCCCCAUCCAAGGCCUUCUGUGGAGGCUGA